UGGGAAGGCUUGGGAGCAACCGGCUCCUCUGCAGGGCUCCCCUCUCCCUCUGCCUGGCCCAGUUGCCAUCCCUACCCUGUUGGCUGUCCCCUCCCCCAAGGCAGGGCCCAAACUCUUCCAGACAAAGCCAGGGCUAGCUGGAGAGUGAGUGAAGACGGCCCACUCUGCCCAGCCUGGCUGACUGAGGGGCACAGGGCACCGCAGAGUCCAGGGCAGGCGAGGGUCACGGUUGGCACCUGCUGCUCCUUGGCCCUCCUGUGGACAGUUAAGACGACCUCUCGACCCAGCUUGGGACGGCUGAGCGCUGGCUCUAAGGAGCCAUGAGCACACAGGGUCCCAGCCCCCUGGCCUUCCUCACAGCUCCUGUCACUCCAGGCAGCAGCACAGAGGCAGCAGACCCCCUCCCCAUACUCAUCGCCCUCGCCUGCAUCUUCCUCCUGCUGGCCAGCUGUUUGCUGUUCAUGACCCUCUGCAAACCGGCAGCGCUGGACCCGACGCAGCGCCGGGCUCGGGAGUGCAUGCCCCACCACCCUGGGAGCCCCAGUGAGCCCCAGCUCCGGCUCUGGAAGCGCCUGGGCUCUCUGCGCCGCUCCCUGCACAGCUUCCGCAGGGGCAGGCCUGCUCCCCGACGCCCCCUGCCGGGUUGCGAUGACAGCCGGGACUGUGACUGCACGGAAUCCACCAAAAUGUGACUGGAUGGCCCUGCCCUCCAGGACCCACCCGGGACCUACCCUCGGACCCUCCUGUCUUGGACAGAGCCUGGAAUCAGGGGCUGCAGAGGAUGUGGGACACACAUUCAGCCCCAGUGGUCCCCUGUGUCCCUGGGCCCAUGGUCUUUCCCAGAGAUAGCCCUAGGAGGAAUACAGACUUCUCUACA